AUGUGGUGUAGUGAUAUAGCCGUAGUUAAUGCUAGUAAUAAAAAAAAAAAUCAUAAUAUGAUAGGUAAAAAUUUGAUAAAUAUAUCAAUGGAGCGGUUUUUAUGGAUUUCUGUGAUAUUUAUUUUUUACACCAUAUCGCCGUGUACGUCAAAUAUAUCUGAUAAACGGCUGUGCUACGACCCUGAGUGCUCUGUUCCAGUUUCUCUGGCUAAGACCGUAAUGAAAUAUCACUCCAAUGAUCCCCAGAUCUUGUCUUUUGAACCCAACGUUGAUGUUACGGUGUUUAGUAAAAGCGCUGGUAGUCGCGAUGACUUGUGGGGUGUUGAAAUCGCUGGACGAAGAGGAUACGCUCCGGUGAGUUUUAUUCGAGAAAAAAAGGUACUGAAGAAGGAUUUAGAACAUGAAGUCCCGACAGAAGUCUCUAAUUCUUCGGAGUUCGAGAGUCAGAAUGGACAAAAAACACAGGACUCGGUGAUUAAUAGUAAUCCGGAGAUGAAAAAUUCAAUGGACUCGAUUUCUCAGGUUGUUGAAAAUGUUUCUCCGUCUUUUGAGGUCAUUGAUGGCACGACGAUUGAUUAUCGACCUGAUCAAAGACGGGAAGCUGAUAAUUUUGCUACUAGGAUUAUUGAAUCUGCGGAUAAGGAACAACCGAUGUUAACGCAAAAUAUUGAAAAAGAAAAUGAUAAUCAAAAGGUUGAUAACAAUAUGAAUGAUAAUUCUCGAGAAUUAAAUGAAGGGUUUAAUGAUGCAAGUAGAGAAAAUAACGAAAAAGAAAAUGAAGAGGCUGAUAUUCCGGAUAACACUUUUACUCAAGUUUUGGGCAAAGUCUCAUCUUUGUUUGACAGCUUUACGACUACUGAAUCAUCAGAUUCAAAGCCUCAAGAAAUUCCUCCAACUGGUGCUCCUCAAAAUGUUGAAAAUAUAAAUCCUCAAUCGGAACAACUUGCAGUUACGGAACGGAUGAAUCAUGCUGAUUCAGAAGUAUUUCAAGAUUCAGAACAUCAGCCGGAAAAUCAAGCACAAUCUGAUAACUUUGCAGGAAAUCAACAAGCUCAAGUUAAUUCGAAUAAUCAAGAAAAUCGUGGAGAGUCUAAUAAUUUUGUAGAGAAUCAAAACCAUCAGUUUAAUUCAGAAAAUCUUUCAGGAAACCAAGACCAACAUAUUAACUCAGGAAAUCAAGUUCCAUUUAAUUCACAAAAUCAAGAAAAUUCACCAGAUACUAAUAAUUUUUCAAACAACCAAGAAAAUCGUGGAGACUCCAAUAAUUUUUCAAACAAUCAACAAGCUUCAUUUAAUUCUGAAAAUUCUCUAGGAAAUCAGGGAAAUUCAGGAGAGAAUAAAGUUUCAGAAAAUCAAAGAAAUCAGCUACUGAAUAAUUUUGAAAACAAUCAAAGUCCGAUUGAAUCAGAAAAUUUUUCAGGCUCGAUCGACGAUUCAAUUGAUCAGACCUCAAGCUUCAAUGAACUUCAGGCUCCUAGAAGUUUAUUGAAUGUUGAGGACGAUCCGUCUUCAACCGAUCACUCCACUGAAUUCACGGAAUCCCCAGAAAAUAAUUCUGAAGAAUUUGAGCCGACUACUGCAACUUACGAGGAGUUUAUAACUUCAACCAGCCCACCAGAAGAAUCCCAAAAUAUUCCAGAGUUUACAGACUCGACUGCUGAUUCAGAAAGCGAAGACACGGCAAAUAUUGAAGGCUUGGAAUCAGAAAUGUCUUCAGAUGUUUGCCAUGUCAACGGAGACUGCGAGCAACUUGAAAAUCAAAACCUUUCGUCAGAGGAUUCUGAUGAAGUGUAUGAAAUAUUUAGUUCCUUUGGGACUAAAAAUUACUGGGAAACUUUGUCGUACUUAGCAUUGACGGCCUUUACUACCUUGCUCUUCUCCCUGGGAUACUUUUACUUUGAAAAUUCUCGACGAGAUGGACAAUUGAUAGCAAAAAUAAACAAGCUUGAAAAAGAGUUACUUGUAGCUACUAAGGAAAAUACUGUUCUAGAUGAUUCAUUAAAAUCGACUAAAACUAGAUUGGAUUCAAUUGAAGAUGAGUCUUUUGGUUCCAAUGAAAUGGUUACAUCUCUAAAAUCCGAGUUAGAAGCAGCGAAUGAAACAAAGAUGGAGUUAGAAAAUCAAAUCGCAACUUUAGAAAAAGAUUUAGAAAGUGCAACUGAAGCUGGUUUGGAAUUAGAAAGAAUGUUGAGAGAAAUUCUGGCUUCGAAUAAUCAAGAAAAUCCUCUUGCCAAGUCCAUCGAAGAUUUGCAAAGCCGUUUGAAUGCUCAGCAGACUAUCAAUGAUUCUUUGAAAAAUGCUCUGUUGCUUAAAACUCAAGAGCAUGACAUUGGUAGAGCGGAGAUUGAAUCUCUUACUGCUGAGCUUGCUGGUACAAAUAAAAAGUAUGAUCAAUUGGUGAUUGACUUUACGCGAGUAGAUGAAGAAUUGAAGCAAGUAAUGAAAUCGAAAAGCGAUAUCGAAGAGAAGUUGACGAAGAAAAUACAAGAAAUUGAGAAACAAUUGGCAGAUGUAUCAGCAGAGAAGAUAGUUAUGAAUAAACAGUUGAAAGAAAAGAAAAUGGAGUUGAAAGAUUUGAAACAGAUUGUUAAAUCAAACUCUAGUAAUAUUGAUUUGUCUAAACUGGCAGAUGUAUCACGAAUUAAAGCAGAAGCUGAUAUGCUGAAAGAAGAACGAGAUGAAUUGAAAGCUAAAUUGGGUGAUGUUGAAGGCGCUCAUCAACUUCUAGAAGAACACAUGAAAAUGAUUAACGAAGAAGUAGUGUCACUAAGCGAGCAGUGUAAAAUAGCAAUUAAAGAAAAAGCCGAGGCUGAAACUCGUCUGGAAGUACUAACUAAAUUUUUCAAUGAAAAAGAAGCCGAACGCCAGAAAGAAGAAGCUAUGUGGUUACAACAACAAGGAGAAGUUUCAACUACUAUUGAUAGAUUACACAUGAUGCAAAAUGAAAUCCAUAAUUACAAACAACAAAUUGAAACACUUAAACAUGAAAUAUUGGAUCAAGAAAAAGAAUACAAGAAGCAAAUAGCUGACUUAGAAGCCAAGUCUCAUGAGAAUUGGGUACGUGCUCGCCAAAAUGAACGUCGUUUAGAAGAAUCAAAAGCUGAAGCUAGCCAGCUACGUAAUAGAUUAACCCUUAUCGAAAAGAACUUCAGCGACACUGAUUCUGAUAUAAAAACACAUCGAAUGGAAUCAAAUGGCGAGACAGCAACGUCACCUCAAUUAUUCUUAGCGGAGUCAUCAAGCUCGCCGAUAAUGUUCGCGGGUUCAUCGAGUAUGCCGCCGCCUCCUUAUUUACACGGACCUUUGCCACCGUAUAUGCACGGUAUGCCCCCGCUGCCAGGAUAUGACGUAGGGCAACGACCUCCACCGCUGGGUGGCCGGUUAUCCUCACCUCCUCCAGUGUCAGGACCGCUGACUGGUCCACCACCUCCAUUACCAUCCUCCAACACCAGUAACAGUAGGUUUAACCACGCUAGUUCUUCGCCUCCGUCGCCACCAAUUUCACCAGGUCUUCCAUUACCUCAUCCUCAUUCUUCUCUAUCAGGCCACUAUCGUCCCACUCAGCCGCCACCGCCACCGCCGGUUCCUUUUCCCGGUGAUCGUAUACCGCCAGUACCUCUACCUUCGAUGCUACCACCACCAGGAGCGGGCAAUUCAUCCUGGAGUGACGAAAAACUGCCCUCCCGCAACAAUGGCGGAAGCUUUCAUCCUUUUCAACGUGAUCAGCGCGAUUUUAGUAACAAACAUUUGAGUAGUGAUAAACGACAGUCAAGUUAUGAUCAACAUCGCGACAAGUACUCAUGA